AUGGAGCCCAUAGUCACGGGCCACAGACGCCGCAAGAGCAGUCUCAUGGGCGGCGUCGCCGGCCUCUCGCCAGUGAUAGCUGGCCGCCCGCGAUCCCAGAGUCUACGGACACCCCAGUUUCCCCGAUCACCGGUCGCAGGCUCGAGCCUGGUCGAAGAGCCAAAGAUAGCGGAAGAGGGCGACCUCGUGAACAGCUCGGGCCCGAGGAAUUUCGCGAACGACUCGGACAGUUACAGCGACGACGUUCGCGACGACGAGGAAACAGGGCUGACCAGGCAGGAAAAGAGACGCCAACAGAAGAAACGGAAGCGCAAUACGCUGCUGGACCAGCGCAUAGCCAAGGAGAAAGAGUCGUCAACGUCUUCGGAGGAGGCCGACCAGGGGAUUGUCAUGCGCAUAGCUAUCAAUGUUGGCCUCAUACUACUCUGGUACUUCUUUUCGUUGUGCAUUUCCUUGUACAACAAGUGGAUGUUCGACGAAGACAGACUCAACUUUGCAUUCCCCCUGUUUACAACGUCAAUGCACAUGGUGGUGCAGUUCUGCUUGGCCGGCGCCGUCUUGUACUUUGUGCCAUCAACCCGACCAGGAAAAUCGCACUCGUCGGACAGCGGGAGAUCCAGGCACGAAGACGAACCGGCCAGCAACAGCGGCAAUUCAAUCAUGAGCAAAAUGUUCUACUUCACGAGGAUUGGCCCAUGCGGUGCCGCGACGGGACUGGACAUCGGCUUGGGCAAUACGUCGCUCAAGUUCAUCAGCCUCACUUUCUACACCAUGUGCAAGUCAUCGUCGCUUGCCUUUGUCCUAUGCUUUGCAUUCCUCUUUCGCCUUGAGACACCCACAUGGCGUCUGGUUGCCAUCAUCGCUGUCAUGACCGUGGGAGUCGUACUCAUGGUCUUUGGCGAGGUCCAGUUUCAUGUCGGUGGCUUUGUACUGGUCAUCUCAGCCGCCUUCUUCUCUGGCUUUCGAUGGGGCCUCACCCAGAUCUUGUUGCUCCGGCACCCAGCAACCUCGAACCCCUUCUCAAGCAUCUUCUUGCUCACACCCGUCAUGUUCCUCACAUUGCUCAGUCUGGCGAUUCCAGUCGAAGGAUUCACGCCUCUGUUUGGUGGCUUGACGGAAUUGAGCAAGGAAUUCGGCGUCUUUUUGACGCCCUGUUUCCUAUUAUUCCCCGGAUGCAUCGCGUUCCUUAUGACGGCCGCUGAAUUCGCGCUUUUGCAGCGUACCUCUGUCGUCACGUUGUCCAUUGCAGGCAUCUUCAAAGAGGUUGUCACCAUCAUGGCCGCAUCUGUUGUCUUCCACGAAAAGCUCACGGCGGUCAACUUUGUCGGUCUCGUUACCACUCUCAUUGCUAUCAUGGCGUACAACUACAUCAAGAUUUCGAAAAUGCGCGAAGAAGCCCGCACCGGGAAAGCCCCAGCCCGAUAUCAGCGCGCCUCGGUAUCCGAUCACUCCAGUGCAAGCGAAUUUGAGGAUGACGAUACCCUUGAGGAAACAAGUGGUCUGCUGCGCCCCAACGGGGACAUGGGCCACGACGCCCUCAUCACAACUGACGGCGAUAUCCACCCUAAUGUACUGGGUAUCUCCGCACACGAUGAGAGCAAGGAGUCUGCCGUGAAUCGCCAUGAAGACUGA